AUGGGUCACAUGGUCCAGGACCGUGAUGCAGGUCCUGAUUUGAGGAUUGUGAUGAUUGGAAAAACUGGUGUGGGCAAGAGUGCUUCUGGAAACACCAUCCUGGGAGACAGACAUUUUAGAUCUUGCCCUUUAUCUGUGUCGGUGACUGAGAGCUGUGAAAAAGCUGUGACACAGUGGGGUAACAGAGUAGUUAGUGUUGUAGACACACCAGGGAUCCUGGACACUGCAAAAUCAGAUGAUUUCAUCAAAAGAGAAAUUGAGAGAUGUGUCAACCUCUCCUCUCCUGGUCCUCAUGUGUUCCUGUUGGUUCUCAAAAUUGGCCGAUUCACAAGAGAAGAGAAAAACUCAGUGGAAGCCCUGCAGCAGCUGUUUGGUCCAGAGGCAAACAAGUACAUGAUUGUGCUCUUCACCUGUGGUGGUGAUCUUGGAGGCAUGACCAUACAGCAGUAUGUACGUGACGGUGAGCCAGGGCUAAAGCGCAUCAUCCAAAGCUGUGGAAACAGGUACCACGCCUUUGAAAACACCAGGAGUGACAGAACCCAGGUGGUGGAGCUGGUCAAGAAGAUUGAUGACAUGGUGGCAGGAAACGGGGCAACAUACUACACAAUUCCCACAGAGUCACUGACCCAGUACCGUGACAGAAACAGUUCUCUUUUGAAGGGAAAAGAGACCAACGGGAAAUGGAGAGACCAGUGUCGGUGUCGGAGUGUCAGAGAACGGCUUUGA